CGGCCGUCGGGGAAAGGUGGUGCCGCUCUCGCUCUUUCCUCUCCUUAUUUUACAUAUAUCAUCCCUUUUUUUUUUUUUUUGAAGCCGAAGCUACAAAUAUAUUUCUUUUCUCGGAUAAUUUAAUUUUUUUUUUGUAAUAUAUAUAUCGUUUUAUGGGUAUUUGACCUGUGGUGACCUCAAGACUAGCAUGCGUUUAUAACAAUGGGAACUUCGCUUCGAAAUUUUGUGCUAUGCACAGUUUUAGUCCUCAGUUUCCAAAUAAACUUCGUAAAAACGCAAUCAUGGUUCUUCGGCAGCGACGACAGUGAAACCUCCACGCAAGCCUCCCAGUCAGCCGACUACGCGCAGGGAGAAGCAGACUACUAUGACGGAGACUACACAACUAAUCCCUUGAAGAACGACUCGGACACUAGUGGGUUCUCUCUCUCGUACGGAGGCUCGUCCUCGGGGGUUUCCGGAAGCCUAGGAUUUUCCGGAGAAGGAGGUGGAGCAGCAUCGGGGGCGUCUGGAUCGAGUUCGAGUAGCAGUUCGAGGACUUACUACUCGUCUGAUGGAGGUUACGAAGGUUCCUACUCGUCCGACGGAGGCUACGAGAGUUCCUACUCGUCGAGUGGGACAGCUGGAGGCUCGAGGGGAUCCUAUUCGUCGAGUGGGACAGCUGGAAGCUCAAGGGGAUCCUAUUCUUCAAGUGGGACAGCUGGAGGCUCGGGUGGAUCCUACUCCUCAGAGGGCGAAUCCUCAGACGGCUACUACUCGGAGGAUUCCACGUCCUACGAUGGGGAGAACCGACGCGACUCUUCCAGGGACCGGGGCUACGGGUCGGGUAGGGUCUACACUUCCUCCAGUUCGAGCUCCUUCGAGUCGUCCAGAUCUGGUUCCGGAUACCAGGGCGGCGUGGUAGGGAGUCGCCGAGAGUACGGAGGCGCUGGGGACGGUUCGUACGGUUCUGGAAGCGCCGGAGGAAGCUACGGAGGCGAAGGAGAUGGUUCCUACGGUUCUGGAAGCGCAGGAGGAAACUACGGAAUAGUUGGAGAAGGCUUGUACAGGUCUCGAGAUGGUUCGUACAGCUCUGGAAGUGCUGGAGGUGGCUACGGAGGCGCUGGGGAUGGUUCGUACAGCUCUGGAGGCGCAGGAGGUGGCUACGGAGGCGCUGGUGAUGGUUCAUAUGGUUCUGGAGGCGCAGGAGGUGGCUACGGAGGCGCUGGGGAUGGUUCGUACGAGAGCUCCUACAGCUACGGAAGCGCGUCGGGAGGUGCUGAAGGAGGCUAUGCUGGAUCUUACGGAGGCGGCAGCUCGUCCCAGGCUCAAGUGGGAGCUCGUCCUCGACCUCAGCCUCGACCUCGACAGAAUUGCAGCGGGAGAGACUGUAGCAAUUGCACUUGCAUCGGAGAGAAGGGAUCGAGGGGCGUCCCCGGCCCCCCCGGCCCUCAGGGCGAGAAGGGCCAGCAGGGAUUCCCAGGGAUGGAGGGGCUGAUCGGCCCUAAGGGACAGAAGGGCGCGCCUGGACCUCAGGGACCUACUGGGCCUAAGGGUGAUAGGGGCAAAAUGGGUCUGAACGGCUUCCCGGGCAUCAACGGCAUACCCGGCAUCCCAGGUCUCCCAGGGCCGCCAGGUCCGGCGGGUCUCGACGGCUGCAACGGCACAGAUGGCGUCCCCGGCCUGCCAGGUCCCUCGGGAAGUCCAGGACCCCGUGGCUUUAGAGGCCCUGAAGGGAUUAAGGGACAAAAAGGCGAACCGGCAGCUGUUCCUCCAGGUCAGAUUAAGGGCGAGAAGGGAGAACCAGGGCGUGAUGGGCGUCAGGGACUUCAGGGACCUAUUGGACCUCCUGGACCAAGGGGCGUGGAUGGUUUUAGGGGAGAGACCGGACCUAAGGGUGACCGCGGCCCCGAAGGUCAGAAAGGUCAGAAGGGUCAAAUGGGCCUGAGUUUCGAGGCAAAACAAGGCCCUAAGGGCGAUAAGGGACAGAAGGGCGAAGCAACACCAUGCAGCGAAUACGCGGGCGGAAACUGUACCACGGAAGUCAUUGUCGGUCUACCAGGCGAGCCAGGGAUCCCAGGGCAGCCCGGCCCUAAGGGAGACAAAGGACCCCAAGGGGACAGAGGCCUACCAGGACCUCGAGGCACGAAGGGAGAAAAGGGACUGCCAGGGUAUCCAGGACCGCCGGGCCGAGAGGGCGUCGCUGGCCCCCCAGGACCGAACGGCUUCAAGGGCGACCGAGGACCUGACGGACUGGACGGACUGCCAGGUCUUAAGGGUGAUAAGGGCACUUCAGGUCUGCCAGGGCGAGACGGAACUCCGGGUGAUAGAGGACCGCCUGGCCCUUCUGUGGGCGGCGAGCGAGGACCCCCCGGCCCCCCCGGCCCCCAGGGACCCCCAGGCCCGAAAGGACGGGAUGGUUUGGACGGGCUUCCGGGAGGUAGGGGCCCCCCGGGGGUACCCGGUGGCCCAGGGCAGCCGGGAAAUCCAGGAAGGGAGGGACUGCCCGGCCCUAAGGGCGCGAAGGGAGAUGGUGGAAGGCCAGGUUCCCCAGGAGCGGAGGGACCCCCCGGCCUACCCGGGGAGAGGGGGGUAUCCGGCCUCCCUGGCCCUAAGGGAGACAAAGGAUUCGCCAUUCCGGGCACCCCCGGACGCGACGGAAGACCAGGACUCGACGGAACCCCAGGAGUGAGAGGCGCCCCAGGUCCUAUGGGUCCCAGGGGCAUCCCAGGAGACAGCAUCGACGGCAUCCCGGGCUCUCAAGGGGAACCCGGGGACGUGGGACAGCCUGGUGUUCCUGGAACUCCCGGAAGAGAUGGAAUUCCUGGACGCAACGGCGAAAAGGGUGACCGCGGCCUGGACUGCGAGUGUGGCGAGUGUGAGAAAGGUGUUAAGGGUGACACUGGCCCUGAGGGACUCCCAGGGCCACCCGGUCUACGAGGUCCCCCAGGGGCUAUUGGCUACCCUGGAGAGAGGGGGGAGGACGGCCAGCCGGGACCCGCGGGAUUGCCAGGGAAGGAGGGCCUACCGGGCAAGCCAGGUCUCUCCGGCCCUAAAGGCGAGAAGGGAGAGGCCGCCUUCGCUCGCCCCGGUCCCCCUGGCCCUAAGGGUGACCGUGGUAGCCCUGGAUUUAGAGGCAUCGACGGGGUGAAGGGAGAAAGGGGCUUCCCUGGACGCGAUGGGAUUCAGGGACUUCCAGGACUUAAGGGAGAUAAGGGCGACCCUGGGUUUGAUGGUCGACCAGGUACCCCCGGCCGCCCGGGUAUCGACGGCCGACCUGGCUUUUGCGAGAAGGGACAGGCCGGCAUCGACGGAGGGAAGGGAGACAAAGGAGAGAGAGGAGAGAGAGGCCUCCCUGGACGAGACAUGAAGCCCGAGGAAUACCUAAAUUCUCUCUUCUUUUUCACCCUAAAUUCCUUCUUUUCACAACAUUUACCGACGCAGACGGCGAAAAGGGUGACCGCGGUCCUGGACUGUGGCGAGUGUGGCGAGUGUGAGAAAGGUGUUAAGGGUGACACUGGCUCUGAGGGACUCCCAGGGCCCCCCGGUCUACGAGUCCCCCAGGGCUUUUUGGCUACCCUGUAUAGAGGGGGAGGACGGCCAGCCGGGACCCGCGGAUUGCCAGGAAGGAGGCGAGAAGGUAGAGGUCCGCCCUCGCUCGCCCCGGUCCCCCUGGACCAUAAGGGUGUGACCGUGGUAGCACCUGGAUUUAGAGGCAUCGACGGGGGAAGCCCAGGCAUUCAGGGCAACCGAGGGCAGCCAGGUCCCCCAGGGCAGCAAGGGCUACCGGGACCGAGAGGCGAGAAGGGAAAUCUUGGCAUUAUUGGUGCCACUGGCGAGAGAGGUCAGCCAGGUCAGCCAGGGAUUCCAGGUCUCGUCGGGGCGAAAGGUCCCAAGGGUGAUACAGGGCGCCCAGGUUACGGCAUUCCAGGUCAGCCAGGUCUCCCAGGAAUUAAGGGCGAACAGGGCCUUCCCGGUCUCCCUGGAAAGACAGGAGCGGCAGGAGUGCAAGGUUCCCCCGGUCUGCCAGGGCGCAAGGGAGAGAAGGGCCUCGCAGGUCUGGACGGUCUGAACGGCAUGAAGGGCGAGAAGGGAAACACAGGUCUUCCAGGGCCUAUUGGUCCGACUGGUCCUCGCGGUCUGCCUGGUCUCGACGGCGUUAAGGGUUCGCCAGGUCUCCGCGGUCCCCCCGGCGCCGCUGGAGUUGUAGGUUUCCCUGGCCCUAAGGGAGACGCAGGGAGACCAGGCUUACCGGGGAAAGACGGCCUGCCCGGUCCACUGGGGCCUCCUGGUCUCCCAGGUCAGCCAGGUCUCGACGGACAACCAGGACUGAAGGGUGACAAAGGCAACAUGGGCAUAGCAGGUUUUCCAGGUACACCAGGUCAAGACGGAAGGCCAGGUCAGGUCGGACUACCAGGGCCUAAGGGAAAUCAGGGCUUGCCAGGUCAGCCCGGAUUAUCAGGUCAACCGGGACCAGAAGGACUUAGGGGAGAGAAGGGAGAUAGAGGAUUCUUGGGCCCGCCGGGCAUCCCAGGCGCAGCGGCAGAUAAGGGCGAGCGUGGACUCCCCGGCCCUAAGGGGAACCCUGGUCUCGACGGCCGCCCUGGUGCCCCCGGUCCCUCAGGGCUGCCGGGCCCUAAGGGCAGGGACGGCUACGGCUCCCCUGGCCCUGUGGGGGAGAGGGGGGCCCCUGGUCCCCCAGGGCUGCCUGGCUUGAGCGGAAGACCUGGACCUAAGGGCAGUGACGGCGUCGUUGGAUUCCCCGGCACGAAGGGAGAGAAGGGCUUAUCAGGUCUUCCAGGUCUUCCAGGAGACGACUGUGACCCCAUUCCAGGUCCGCCAGGCUUGCCAGGUCCUUCGGGGUUGAAGGGCGACAGAGGCUUCGACGGCAGGGACGGACCUAAGGGAAAUCAGGGACUGCCGGGUCGCCCUGGUAUCGACGGCUUGCCAGGUCCCAUCGGCGACAAGGGCAGUUCAGGUCCGCCAGGUUUCCCAGGUCCCGCAGGACUUAAGGGGAGUAAGGGAGAACCAGGUUUCCCUGGGAUUAAGGGCGAGAGAGGAUUUAAUGGACAGGAUGGCCUCCCUGGCGCUCAGGGUGAAAAGGGCGACCAGGGCUUCCCCGGCGCCCCAGGCCAGCCCGGAAUCGACGGGCUGAAGGGCACGCAGGGCCUGCCCGGGCCGAGGGGCCCCGUGGGCGUGCCGGGCGUGACCAUGAAGGGCGAGAAGGGGCUGCCCGGCCUGCCUGGCAAGCCGGGGCGCAACGGCUUCGACGGCCAGCCUGGCCCUAAGGGCGAGCUCGGCUUCCCUGGCCUUCCGGGACAGAGGGGCGCGCCCGGCAACCCCGCGCCGCCGGGUCUGCCUGGGCCCAAGGGCGACAGGGGCUCCGAGGGGCAGCCGGGCCUGCCAGGGCAGGACGGGCGGCCUGGGCCCGUGGGCGAGAAGGGCUUCCAGGGCCUGCCCGGGGAGAAGGGCCUGCCGGGCCCCCCCGGCCUGCCCGGCGCAGCUGGACUCAAGGGCGACGUAGGGCCCGUGGGGCCCCCGGGGCUGCCGUGCCCCCCGGGAGCCAAGGGCGAGAAGGGCAACAGCGGCCUGCCAGGCCUCCCGGGCGAGAAGGGCAUCCCCGGCCCCAAGGGCUUCGCCGGCAUCCCCGGCCUCGUCGGCCGCCCAGGCGCCCCGGGCUCGAAGGGCGACCCCGGCCUGCCCGGACCCGCAGGGCGCCCCGGCAUCCCGGGAACCAAGGGCCAGAGGGGCCUGCCGGGCCCCCAGGGCCCCAUCGGCCCCGUCGGGCCCAUCGGCAGCCCGGGCAUGGACGGCAUGCCCGGCGAGAAGGGCCAGCGCGGCUUCGACGGCCUGCCCGGGCCCGAGGGACCCAGGGGCAUGAAGGGAGACAGGGGCUUCGACGGCGCCCCCGGACUGCCGGGCACGCGAGGCUUCGACGGCAACAAGGGAGAGCCAGGGAGAGCCUGCUCGGAACAAGAACAAUAUUUCUCUGGCACUCUGAUCGUCAGGCACUCUCAGACGUCGAUAGUGCCAAGGUGCGAGGCUGGGCAUUUCCGGCUCUGGGAAGGCUAUUCGCUCCUCUACGUCGAGGGGAAUGAGAAGGCGCAUCACCAGGAUUUGGGCCUGGCCGGUUCCUGCGUCCGCCGCUUCAGUACGAUGCCCUUCAUGUUCUGUGAUUUCAACAACGUCUGCAACUAUGCAAGCCGCAACGACAAGUCCUAUUGGCUCUCGACUAACGAUCCUAUCCCUAUGAUGCCCGUCGCUGAUUCGGCAAUUAGGCCCUAUAUCUCCAGGUGCGUGGUGUGCGAGGCUCCUGCCAACGUGAUCGCGGUGCACAGCCAGGCCCUGAGCAUCCCUGACUGCCCUAGCGGUUGGACGGGUCUGUGGAUCGGCUACUCCUUCGUCAUGCACACAGCCGCCGGCGCCGAGGGAGGCGGUCAGUCCCUGAGCAGCCCCGGUUCCUGUCUGGAGGACUUCCGCGCCACGCCCUUCAUCGAGUGCAACGGCGCCCGCGGAACCUGCCAUUACUUCGCCAAUAAGUUUAGUUUCUGGUUGGCGACGAUCGAGGACGCGGCUCAGUUUUCGCGGCCGGUGUCGGAGACGCUGAAGGCAGGCAGUUUGAGGACGAGAGUGUCCAGGUGCCAAGUUUGUAUUAGGAAUUAGGGAUUUUAAGGGUGUUUUUUAAGGGUGUGUUUUUAAAGAGGUGUGUUUUUUGUGUUUUUUUUUUUAAAGGGUGUCUAAGAGGAAAUGCGCUUUUGAGGAGAGGGUUGUUUUUUAUGAGGAAAAGUUUUUUUUUUUUAAGGAAGGUUUUGGAAACGUUUGGAAGAGUUUUAAGGGUGUUUUUAGGGUGUUUUAAGGAUUUUGAUGGUUUAGGUAAAGUUUGGAAGGGUUUGAGGAAGAUGCGAGGAAGGAGGAGGAGGAGAGAGGGAGGAGGAUGAAUAGGAUAAAAGGAGAUGAAAAUAGAGAGAGGGAGAGAGAGAGAUUAGAAAUGAGGGGCGAAUAACAGUCGAUCGUUGUGCGAAUAAGGAUUGAAAAAAAGGACUAAACACACCUUAAAUAAUUCCAUUAAAAAGACAGAAGGAAACGAUAGUGAAAGGAUGGAUAAGGAUAGACAAGGAUGGAGAGAAAAAGAUGGAUAGGAUAGUGGAAAGAAAAGAGAAUCAGAGAAAAGGAUGGAUAAGAAAAGAGAGGAUUGAAAUUAAGGAAAAACUGCUCGACCAAAUUAGCGAUUUUUUUCCGCCUUGGUUUAAUGUAGCGGUUUUUCGCUUAAUUAAUUUUUUUUUUCUUCAUUUUUUUUAAGGGGGAAAUAUAUAUAUUUUUUUCUCUCUUUCCAAUUUAUAUGAUAGAAUGAAUUCAUUUAAUUAAAUAAAUGAAUGUAAAAGAGAGAUUAAAGAUUUAAAAAAAAUAUAUUAUAUUAAUUAAUAUAAUAUAAUAAUUUUAAUUGAUAUUUCCCUUCUUUUCUUAAUUAUAAAAAAAAAAAUCCACUUCAUUUUUUUUUUUGGAAAAGAAGAAAAAGAAAGAUAUUUUACCAGUGUAAAUAAAUGUUCUGAUUUUAUCUAGUCUAAUUUUAAUUCAACUUUUGAAUUUUUCAUUUUUUUUUUAAAUAUAUAUGUAAUUUUUUUUUCUCUCCUUUCUAUAAGUGAAUAAGUUUUUUAAUUAAUUUGCAUAUUCUUUACCCCUCCAAAAAAAAAAUAAUUAAUUAAUAAUUAAAUAAAUUGUCUUGCUCAAAUCCUCCUCUCAAAAAUUGGUAUUAAUUAAUUGCUAAUGAAGUUGAUUAAUUGUAUUAAUUAAUUGCUAAUGAAGUUGAUUAAUUGUAUUAAUUCAUUGCUAAUGAAGUUGAUUAAUUGUAUUAAUUAAUUGCUAAUGAAGUUAAUUAAUUGUAUUAAUUAAUUGCUAAUGAAGUUGAUUAAUUGUAUUAAUUAAUUGCUAAUGAAUUGCAUUAAUUGUAUUAAUUAAUUGUAUGAAUUGCAUUAAUUGUAUUAAUUACAUUCAAUGCAAUAAAUAAUGCUGAUUUGAUUAGAUGCUUCAUUGUUGCAAGGAUAGAUUGCAAGAGAGAGAGUCCACAAUGGUGCUUCCAUAUUUUUUUUUUCUUUUUUUUUUCUCUGAUUUCUCACGAUAAAAAAAAUGAAAUUAUAAUGAUUUUAAUAAAAGAUAAAAGUGAGGAAAGCAAUAUAUAUUUUUUUUUGUUUUUUUUUUUGGGUUUUUUGUUUUUUGUUUUUAAGUUCCCGUUUUCAUGAGUUUUCGGGAUAUAUUUAAAAAUAAAUAAAUAAAAUCGUUGGAAGAAAAAUAGGAUUAAAAAAAAAAAUCAUUAAUAAAAAUAAGGUUUUUUAAGAAAAAUCCUUAAUAAGAAAAUUUAAGUUUUUUUUUUUAAUGCUAUUUUCACGAUUUUUUUUUAAAAAUGUAGUUUUUUAUUUUUUUUUUUGAUUUUCCAAUUUUCAUCUUUCGUAAUUUUAAGAUAAUUUUUGAUGUUGUUUUUCCACGGUGCUAAAUAAUAUUUUGUUUUUUUGUUGUAGGUUAUUAAAAAAAAAAGAUAUAUAAAUAAAUAAAAAAAAAAGUUUUAGAAAUGAAAAAAAAAAAUACAAAACAAAAAACAUAAUCUUUUUAAAAAAAUAUAUAUCAUUUUAUGCACUGCCAUUUCUAUGAUAGAUUUAAGGUCAUAUUUCCUAUGUAAUAUUAUAAAGUUCGUUAGGAUAAUACAAUCUAUUUUUUUUUGUAUAAUUAUUACUAUUAUUACUAUUAUUAUCAUUACUGUCGACUCAGAAAAAAAAUAAAGAAAAUUUUCAUAAUUAUUAUUAUUCAUAAUUAUUAUUAUUAUUAUUUUAUAUGUGCCUCUGUCACUGCCAGUUAUAUUUUGUAUGUGUUUUCAAUAAAGUCUAAAUGAUGUCAGCUUC